UGACAGCCGAAGGAACGAAGAAGACCGAUAGCCAACAUGGUUGAGCUAGUCUCUAUUCACUCGUUUUUGAUUAAACGCAUGAUGGCAGCCGCCGAUGAAAUAUUCGACGCUGUCAAAGACAACAUUAUUGAAUAUCAGAAGGAAAUAGAACGACUAAAACAGGAAAACAGUCGUUUGAAGAACACACUGCGUUUCACAAUAAAACCCCGCCGCGCGGAAGCGAGCAACGGUCGCACAAAUGCUCAAGGCACCGGUUCAGUCGGACUACAGCAAGAUGUACUGACCUCAGAGCUCUCAGAAAUCAAUUUGCAGAUGGAAGUGGCAACGGUGAUGUCCCUUGAGCCUACGAGUCAUGCAUCCACCAAUACAUCUGCUCUGUCAGAAGUAACCAAAGAGCAGGUACUCGCUCGGUGCCUCACACAUCCGCCAGAGUUGCUGGUAAAAAAUGAAGGCGAUGUUAGUUUGGAUGUACAAUCAUCAGUCACAGAUGACUCAACUCAGGCUGACAAUCAGGCCGGUCGUUUAAGCUCACCUGAGGUGCAACAUGGCAAUAUCAGUGACGGUCACAUUGAGUCUCCAGGACCGGAACAAGAGCCAAUUUCUCACCAACCAUGCCAAAACAAAUCUAACGGGGAGCCUUCGAAGGCACCCCCGAAUCACCCGGCGAUUUGCAGCGUUUGCAGCAAGUCGUUCGGCAACAAGAAAUGCUUGCGGAUGCACAAGGUCGUGCACCAGAGCGAGAGACCUUUCGGCUGUGAUUCCUGCGGGUGGAGCUUUAAAUUGAAAUCUCACCUGACAGAACACAAAAGACUUCAUACGGGGGAUUAUCGCUAUAAAUGCCCAAAGUGUGAAAAAGGGUUUUCUCGGUCAAAUCUGGUCAAAAUGCAUCUUAAAAGUGUUCAUUCAUCAUGAUGAGUGUUAAUAACAAUAACCAAGUGAUGUAAUGGUGUGACAAGAAAUAAGAUGCAUCUCUUCAGUGUUAGUUUGAGUUUCUUUCUGUUUGUUUGUUUCUGACAAGCAGCACUUUUGUUUGUCAUUCGGUUUGUGUUAAUGUUUUGGUUCCCUCCAUGCCUGUCCAAAAUUAUCCUGUGCCUGGUUGCAUGAAACUCCUUAAGUGAGGGUUUCCAUAAGGUUAGGGAUUUCUUUAAGAGCUUACCUUCUUCCUUAAGUUUUUAAGGAAAAUUGGUACUAAGGACUUUGUAGCAACUUUAGGUAAUAAUUUUAAGGGUAAAUACUUAUUGACAGCCUUAUUGUUCCCAAAGUGAACACUUAAGGUUUGUUCUUGCAACCCAUUUUUUAUUAAGGGCACCCUUAACCAUAUAUCUAAGGGAUUUCUUAUUUUAAAGACUUUCAUGCAACCGGGCACUGCCCUUCAAAAUAUGGAUGUGGUUUAAUUGAGGAGUUUUAUAAAUGUGUAUAUGACAAUCACUCACAUUUAACACCAUAAAAAGCAUGCCGUCUGGGGACAAAUCUUGAAAUUACAGGGAUUUGCUGUUAUGUUAUGCCCUGCUUUUACAUUUAGAGACUUAUUACAGACUUUGCAGUUGCACGUCUGGUUAGGACACCAUGCCAGUCAUAAAACUAUUUUAUGAUUGUUUGUAAGGUCUCCUUGUGUUGUUUGGAAAGGCGCUUAUAAAUACAAUGCUUUGUUAUUACAUUUUUUACAUUUUAUCUAAAGUGAUUUACAAACAAUGAAGCGAUUGCUAUUAUCAUUAUUGCAUUAAAAAGCAUCAAUAAUUACUUGGACAAAAUAAUAUUUUAAUAUGUGUAAAUAAAAUGUUUAAAUGUUCCAAAUCA